GUUUAUUUUCCUAAAAUUUCUUUCAAAUUAUUGAAGUCUUUUCAAAAAAAAAAAAAGUUUCAAUUAUGCUUUUUACUAUUCAAAAAAUGCCUGCAGGGGAAUCCGCAAGGAUUACGGGCUUAACAACCCCGCGGACCCUAGUUAUUUCAGUGGGGGUGGCAACACGUACCACUGCUCUUAGCCGGUCAUGACUUUGGUUAGUUGGGACCGGUAGGCCUGGGCAUACCUGCUUGCUAACAGCGAAUAGGCCCCCCUAACCCAGCCAUACCAAGUGAAAGGGUUGCUAACUUGUCACAGGGUAGUUAGCCGAAAGGUAAAGUGACCAUUGGGAUCCUCUAUGGCACCUGGCGCACCAUAGAGUAUACAGCCUUAUCACAGUAUCGAGCUCUGCUGUGACGGACCUUUAUUUCUCGACUUCUCGUGGGAACUAUAUGGACAAAAACAUAGAAAAACCACAAAACAACGAACUUGUGACGAUCAGGGAUCCUACGGACAACCUGUCGGAACAAGAUCGUGAACUGGCGACUCUUCUCAGAAGAAUCGCCGAACUUGAAGGUCUCAAUGCCAACAACGGGACACUUGGUGAACCGUCUACUAGCAAAGAGACAGCAACGUCAGCAAAUGUAGACCAGGAAUCGCAAGAUCAACUGGGAGCAGUAGCUGACAAAAUCGAGGGUCUAAAACUUAGACCUGAGAAACUGAGCGGCAGUCAGAGGCGCAAGCUGAAGAGGAGCCGAGCAAACAUGGAGGGGCAGAAGAACCUACCAAAGGAGGGAGACAAGGGAACCGAUGACUUGAAAAAGUCAAAGGGAACCGAAGCUCAAAAACCUGAGGACAAGGGGCAAGAACCUCCAUGUAAGAAAACUCAUUGGGUACCGACCUACAGGGACGUGGUAACCGAUGAUAAAAAAGUGGCUCUGGUCCUCGCAGGCUACCCCACUAACAAGUUGACCACAGAGCACGGGCUACUCAUUGAGUCUUGUGUUGGAGACUUGAUACUGUCGGGUACUGAUGGAACCGACGUACCAAGGUUUGAAGACACCAGACUCACUGAUGGAGCACUUGUGAUCAGUGCAGCCCAAGAGAGCUCUCUUAAGUGGCUCACUGACCAUGUCAACUUGAUAAAACCUUGGGACGGUGCAGAACUCCAUUUGGAAGCCUACAACCCGAUCAAGUAUAAACGGAUGGUCACUCACAUACCAGGGCUGCCAAAAGAGUCCAAGAAGAUCUUGGAAAUUUUGGCAAAACAAAACCCAGGGCUGAACACGGCGAUCUGGAAAGUCCACCAUGAGACAGAGGUUGGCCCGAAAGGACAAACUCUGUUCCUAAGUGUGGACGAAAACAGCAUGGUCAAACUAAAGGAACUGAAGUGCAGUCCAUAUUUUGGAAUGGGCAGAGUUUGCUUCACAGAUUAUGUUGCCAAGCAGCCACCAGCCCGGAAGGAUGUGAAAAAAUCCACACCUCAAAAAUCUGGGAAGAGGAAGGCUGAGGAAUCACCAGUGCCACUCGGGAAAGGAGGUAAGGCACAGGUUAGGAACAAACGGACACACUUCACUCCUGCCUCGAAAGGGAAGGGAGGAAGUGUGUUACGUAAGGGAAAGGGACCCAGGAAACCGCCACCCUCAAUAACGGCCACAGCUGAGGGGAACCUCUCCACGGAUCCAAAAGGAAAUGUGGAGAGCGAAUCCAAGGCACGGUCGCCACCUAGGAACGGCGGUGGGACACCACCCACAGGGGGGGCUGUGUGACACAGGGACUGUUUCAGACACCUGUAUCACACCAAGUACAGCGUGCUUUCUUAAGCGUCAACAUCAGUUUUUCUGAAUGGCUGACAAUAGAAUUCAAUUCACGCAAAUAAACCUGCAUCACAGUAAA